GGAGGCGAGAGGAGGCACCAGAGAUCCGGAGCACCGUCACCCCGGCAGCGUACCCGUGGAGAGCUACGCGUCGGUAUGGGUGCGCUGACAAAAGGACGUUACCUCUCCAUGACGGGCCUCCUGCUCCUCGUUUAUUGCACAGUGUCCGUGAUCUCCAAAGGUUCCACAGGAGAUGCUCAGCCCGAUGCCCUACCCUCGGUGCAGGGCACCCUGCCGCACUUCAUCCAGGAGCCAGAGGAUGCCUACAUCGUCAAGAGCAACCCCAUCAAGCUGCGUUGUCAAGCUCGGCCUGCUCUUCAAAUCUUCUUCAAGUGCAACGGCGAAUGGGUCCACCAGAGCCAGCACAUGUCUCAGGAGCACACUGACCUGGGGACAGGGCUGAAGGUGCGUGAGGUGAUGAUCAACGUAUCCCGCCAGCAGGUGGAGGAUUUCCACGGCCCUGAGGACUACUGGUGUCUCUGUGUCGCCUGGAGCCACCUGGGCACCUCCAAGAGUCGCAAGGCUACUGUCCGCAUCGCCUACCUGAGGAAAAACUUUGAGCAGGACCCCCAGGGGAAGGAGGUGCCAAUCAACGGGAUGAUCGUUCUGCACUGUCGCCCUCCAGAGGGAGUGCCUGUGGCGGAGGUUGAAUGGCUAAAAAACGAAGAGCUGCUGAGUUCCCUGACUGACGACAACAUCGAUACCCGCGCUGACCACAACCUCAUCAUCAAUGAGGCACGACUGUCCGACUCGGGCAACUACACCUGUCUGGCCAGCAACAUCGUGGCUAAGAGACGCAGUGCCACAGCCACUGUGAUAGUCUUUGUGAACGGCGGCUGGUCCCUGUGGACGGAGUGGUCGGCCUGUAAUGUGCCAUGUGGGCGGGGUGUCCAGAAGCGAUCUCGAACCUGUACUAACCCGGCGCCUCUCAACGGCGGGGCUUUCUGCGAGGGCAUGUCUGUACAGAAGAUCACCUGCAACGCUCUCUGCCCAAUUGAUGGAGGCUGGGACGAGUGGAGCGAAUGGACCGUAUGCAGCAGCCAGUGCGAGAGGCAGCGGAGUCGGGAAUGCAACUCCCCAGCACCCAGACACCGAGGCAAGAUGUGCGAGGGGAACAGCGAGGCCACUGAGAACUGCACAGAUGGACUGUGUACCCAGAAUCGAAAGCUGCUACAUGACGUUAAACCUCAAAGUAUGGACAGCUCCAACGACGUAGCACUGUACUCAGGCCUGGGAGCCGGCAUCAUCGCCGUGGCAAUCCUCGUAGUGGCUGUCAUGCUGUACAGGAAGAACCACAGCGAGUAUGGCGUGGACGUCAUCGACUCCUCUGCGCUCGCUGGGGGUUUCCAGUCUUUCAAUUUCAAGACCACUAGACAAGGCAACCCGCUGCUCCUCAACUCCUCAAUGCAGCCCGACUUAACAGUAGGACGGACGUACAGCACUCCCCUCUGCUUCCAGGACAGCGCCGACAAAGAGCUAUUCGACCCCCUGCCCGACAUCAAGGUCAAAGUUCAGAGCUCCUUUAUGGUUUCGCUAGGUGUGGCCGAGCGCGCGGAAUUCCACGCCAAAGCCCCCGCCGAGACCUUCCCUCGGGACCUGAGCCGGGACUACUGCAACACCGCAGACAGACGCAAGAAGGGCCUGCUCACUCUCAACGGGCCCUUCAGCGCCGGCAAAGAGCAGCUGAGGACCACUGGCGUAUUCGGCCACCCUGGAGGCCGUCUGGUGGUGCCAAACACCGGGGUCAGCCUGCUGGUGCCUCAUGGAGCCGUGGCUGAAAAUAUGUCCUGGGAGAUGUACAUGGUGAUCAAUCAGGGAGAGGCAAGUGUCCAAACACUGGAAGGCUGUGAAAUCCUCCUGGGCCCAGAGGUGACGUACGGCCCUCCAGGUCUGGACCUCUUCUGCCCAGUGGCCAUGACCAUCGCUCACUGCGCCGAGGUGGACACAGAGAACUGGAACAUCCAGCUCAAGAGGAAAACCCAGGACAGCAAAUGGGAGGAGGUGAUGUCAGUGGAAGAGGAGUCCACUUCCUGUUACUGCCUGAUGGACUCGACGAGCUGCCACCUGCUGCUGGACCAGCCGGGCUCGUACGCCCUGGUGGGCGAGCCCCUGACGCAGGCUGCCGUCAAGAGGCUGAAGCUGGCUGUGUUUGGGAGCAUGGAGGUCGGCUCCAUGAGCUACAGCCUGCGGGUGUACUGUGUGGACGACACGCCACACGCCUUUCAGGGAGUGGUGGCAGCAGAGAAGACCAGAGGGGGUCAGCUCCUUGAGGAGCCAAAGAUGUUGCCUUUCCGAGCGAACACCUUCAGCCUCCAGGUGUCCAUCCAGGAUGUUCCCCAGUUCCUGUGGAGCAUCAAACCCUUUACCACAUGUCAGGAGUUCUCCUUCCCCCAAGUGUGGUGCAGCAACCAGCAGCCCCUGCACUGUGCCUUCUCUCUGGAGAGAUACAGCCCUGCCACCGCCCAGCUCUCUUGCAAAAUCAGCGUGCGCCAGGUCAAAGGCCACGAGCAGAUUCUGCAGGUCUACACGGCUGUGGCCGAGACUGAAAAGGAGUCGGUUCCAUUUUUUAUGCAGACAGACUGCACCAUCACGUCCCAGACGGGGCCCAAGGCCUUCAAAAUCCCCUUGUCCAUCCGCCAGAGGAUCUGUGCCACCUUCGACACUGCCAACGCCAAGGGCAAGGACUGGCAACUCUUAGCCCAGAAACUCCACUUAGAUCGAAACCUGGGUUAUUUUGCGAAGCAGCAGAGUCCGUCUGCGGUCAUACUGAGCCUGUGGGAGGCUCGCCACCAGGACACUGCUGACCUUGACUCUCUAGCCAGCGCCCUCGAGGAGAUUGGCAAGAUCCACUCCAAAAGCUCCCCCAAGGACCAGGAUGAGCCGGAGUCUGACUUCAGUCACAUACAGGCAGGCAGUCUGUGCGGAACGGGCACACUAACAAAUCAGAAGACAGAGGACUCUGCUCCAGAAUACACAGGCUGAGCGAUAACAAAGAGACAGUGAGGGAAAACUGACGAACUAAGGCAUAUAUCUGUGUACGUGCACAGCCGGUGAUGGACGACACACUGUGGCGGUGCGCUGGAAGGUCAUCAGGUUGUCUAUGAAUGGACGGUGCGAGCAGUCAACAUGUCGAGGUGAGCCGGCACCCGCUGUGGAUCUACCCCUCUCUUUUAAGAAUCUGUCCGAGGAUGGACUGUAAAUCUUUUCCUGCCUUUCCACUCGAUUUCUAAGUUGAUCUUUGAUUUAUUUGCUCCUUAUUUUGAGUUAAAACUAUCCCCUCUGUACAUUCAUUUCCCAGCUCCGAGGGUGAGUGGGGGAGAAGGAGGGGGGUAUUUCCUAACCCUUGUGCGCCCAUUGUUUUCUGAGUUUGUGUUGGAGGAGAUGGGAGCUCCUCUAUUCCUCGGGACCGCCUCCCCUCCUUUUCCCAGUGGUCAGCAUGGCAGCUGGAUACAUUUGCAUAGAGGUUCUUUUAUGCAAAACACCUGUGGCGUCAUUUCAGAAACACCUGAUCUAGUUUCUUUCUCUUUCCCCCCCACCCACACCAUAUCCCUGUGUCAGCGAGUGAAUGAGGACUUAGAAGCUACUUUUUGACGUCCAAUAUUAUAUUUUUAAAAGACAGCUGCUGAUUGCUUAAGUGUUGUGAUUGUGAACUUUCAAAGCCAAGUAUCUUGAAAUUCACCCAUUUUAAUCUCUUUAAAAAAAAUAAUCUAUUGGAAGUUUGGCAUUGACAAGACAGCCAGCGUUGUAUGAUCAUUUAUAUUAACAAUCCUUUAAAAAUGAGCCCCAGUCUAACCUUGAAGGACAGCGCGGUCAGAGUACUCAUGUGUUAUAGGGAACAAAACAUGGUUGUGGCAUAAUGUGGCAGAGUGAGAUUUCUAACCGUGGCAUUACAGUUCAUUACAGUUUCCUCCGCCAUGAGAUAGACAGGGAGGAAGCUGUAAAACAUCAUUUCCUGGCACCGCAGGGAGUGUAUCGCCGCAUCUUAUCACCCAAUUCCCACCAUUAACACCCGUCACGUAGACCUCAUAUCAGGCCCUGACACACCCGACUGCCCCCCCUCACCCCCUCAGACGCACACAUUGACAUUUCAUGGCUACAGAGGUCAUGUGCACACUGACUGGGAGUUUGCAUAUUGUACAGCAAACAUAGAAGGAAUACUGAUGCCGGUGUCAGUGUCAGAAAUACAACAUGCAGUCGUACAUCUGCUCAAGUCAACACCAAACACACAUCGUUCUGAGAGACAGAUAAGGGACAGGAUGCUCCGUGCAUGUGAGGCUUGAAAUCAGGAAAGCAACCAAUGAGGGAGAAAAGUUGGCUCACCUAAUAGUGCUAGUAGUACUGUAUGACCUUCUGAAUCAUCGUAAAGAAAGAUCAACAAAAUCCGUUGAAAUUUUAGGCUCAACACACUCACAGGUUUUGUUAUUGUACCCAACUAAACAGGACACUCACUGUCAUUGAGGUAAGGAUUUGAGUAGCUGAAACCUGAUUAACACUAUACUGUACCAGUUCCAAUACAUAUACAGUAAAUACAAACAAUCCACAUUUGAAUUCAUCCUUUUUAAAUGAAAUGUAUUCAGAAGGCCUUUAUGUUGCAGAGAGGUUUAAAUUCUGUACCUCAAAUAACAAUUGGUCUCUCUGUCUUCUCUCUGUCAGAGAGAUGCAUGUUGGGUAAAUAAGGUCAUCCAGAUUAUGCAGGCACACAUUUUGUCCCUCGCCCUUAGUGGUAUCUAGCCAUGCAAAUAGUGUUGUUCUGAGAUAUCUGCCUCUGAGAUUUCUGCCUCCACCUCAGUGCGGUGGAGGUGAUGGAAUGUCGAUUGUGGUGCUCAUGGUAUUGAAAAAUCAUACUGAAAGAAAUAAACAGCGAUCUUACCAGGAAAAUGUCACACACUCACACACACUGUUUUCAUACAGACUAUUUCAUAUGUACCACAAAUGAAAUUUCAUUCGCCUUGUACUUGGUGCUAGUUUUAGUUUCUUUUUUUUCGUAAUCUGGAGGGUACUCAAAUGGAGGAGAGCUAGCCAGUGUGAGCUAUAGAAGCAGGUUAUAAUCGAUCCUUUGAAAAAGCACUGACUGUAUACAUUUCUUUUCCCUCCUGUAUAUGAAGUGUGGAGGUUAGCCUUAUUUUGGUGACCUCAGCACUCGGUACAUCCUGUGGUUCGGUCACACAGCAUAACGCAAACUCUAGGAGGAAAGUUAUUUUCACGAAUUUCAUUCAUUGGUUCUGCCCCAGGAAAACAUUUAUUUGUUCCAUGCAGACAGUGGAUAUCAAAUACAUUUGAUGAUACAGCUGGCUUCUGAAUAACAGGUACAAAAAAACAGCAUUUAGACUUUUCCCUCAGUGUUGUAUGAGGAACACUAAGUUAGCUUCUGAUCGGGCUGUACAAGCAAACAUUCGGCUUGCGGAGGUCACACAAAUGUACUUUAAGUCUGUGUUGGAAUAACUUGAAGCCAAGUGAAGCACUUUUUAAUGAGAGUAUACUUUGGCAUUUGGUGUAAAACACCCAAAAUUUGUGAGACUUUUUGGUCUUGUAAAACAUUAUUAAAACAAAUAAACAAAAAGAAGCUAAUUUUGACUGCCAGCUAUGGCACUAUUUUAACUAUAACUCUCCCUUAACUAAAGACAAAUGCAGCAAUGACUCCAGGUUUUGUGAAUCGUCACUGUGAGGGCUUUGGUGGUAGACAUCAGUUAACCUUAUGGUUUGAGUUUUGUAUCUUGGCAUUUCAAAAUCUCACAGAUAAAUUCAGGAAAUAAGCUUACUUGUCACAGUACCUGGAACCGGUAUGUGCAAACAUACAGGAUGAGUAAUGUGGUACCAAUGAAAGCGUUGGCUCUCCCUUGCACACUAUUUGAUUUUGUUGAGUCAGUCUUUGCUUUAAUCCACACCUGAGUCUGUUGUGCCCACAAAUCCCAAAUUGUCUCCUCAAAUCUCAACUGCAUAAAGAGUCAAAAGCAGCAAAAAAAAAAUUGGGAUUUUUUUUUUGGCCUGCGGUUGGAUAAUAUUACAAAGUCAGACACCAUUUCUUCAUCUUCAAAUUGGUACCUCCAACCAUGACUGACUUACAUAAUUGAUUUACAUAAUUAACCUGAAUAAGGAUCAAAUAAAGUCCUUGCUGUCGGCAAAAUAAACUCAACCUGCAGUUCUCAUUUCUUGUCUGCAAAACCAGUUAUUCAACAUGUGUAUUCUUAUUUCUAUUCUGUUGGCUGUUUUUUAAGAUUUGAGAGCUAAAUGUAUUUUGAAUAUUUCCCUCAGUGGUUUAUCAGGAAUGAUAUGAUGUCUUUGAACACAUCACUGAGUAUUUCUGACCUGAUAUAUGUGAACAGUUUCAUCCUGCUAUAAUAAAGAACCCUUUUUAUUUCUCUGCAUCAUCUCUAUGCAUUUCUAAUCAAAUUAUAUUCAUUUUUCUAUGUCAUUUGAGCUGGUAAGUGAAGAAAGUAAAAGAUAAUCUUUUUUUUUUGUUGUUGAUUGUUUCCUUAAUUGUGACUAACUGGAUUCUCCUUUUCAUUCCUGCAAGCAAAGAAUGUCAAAAAUGUAACGCUUAGCGGUGGCUUAUGUUGCAUCGAGAGCAACCUGUCUGUGCGGUACACCCCAUCACCCUCACCGUUCACCGCCAUUCUGGAUGUGUUUCAGCUAUGUCUACUGUAUCUCAUCAGCGUGUUGAAAUUCUGUUUUUUAAAAGUAAACUCAGAUACACACACACACACACACACAAACGUAUUCUCACUAUGUAUAAUGCUUUGGUGUAAGACUAACCCUGUUUCAUGAGAUUAAAAGUUCACUGUUGAGUCUAUGAUUUUCUGUCACCUGAGUUGGUCGGUCUCAUGCUCUUUUUUGCUUCACGCAUGGCCUUUGGCUUCAUAUCACUAUUCUUGUGCCUUGUUUAACUACUGUAAAUGGUGAAUGUUGUAAAGUACAGAUGGGGA